AUUGCAUCCGAUCUUGGCAUUCCAAUCGCGUUCGUUGUCCGUGCCGGUUCAGCUUCUCUGGAGUUCUCUCCCGCUGAUAACAUAGCACUCAGAACCGUUUAGGAAGUUCAGGAAGAAGAGUGUGCGGUUCCUCUUGGAUGGUGGCAGCAGCUGUUGUGUUUUGGCUCUGGAGUGCUUCAUAUACGGUUUGAUGCUAUGGGAAGAAGCGCUUGGUGAUGAUGAUGGUUUGAUUUGGAAGUGCCAGGCAGCACAUGUGUGUAAUGUAAUACCGUCUCUCUAUCUUCUGGGUGGACCUAGGGCAGGCAAGCAGAUCGUUCCGAUUCGGUCAAGUGUGGGCCGUUUUUUACGCUGUUGAAGGCCGGGUUCUGGCAAAUAGUGGUUUUUGAAAAUAACAACUGUUUGGGUAGUUGGUUCACGGUGGUGAAUGAAGAUAGUUCUGAAGAGUUUGAUAAGAAGCUCAACUUGGGGCAUUGAUCGGAAGAGAUGAAAGUGAGUUUAGGAGAAUUCUGAAGUGAGCAGUGGCAAGUGUUGACCAUUAAAAAGUAGUAAAACAGUUUGUGACAGUUUUAACGGCUUCGACCUAGUGCGGAUUAGUUCGGUGUUGGUGUGAAUCGCGCGCGUUAAUCAUCCACAGAUCAUCAUAAAAGAGUUGCGGCGGCUGAUUGAAGGUGUCGUAUAAAUCCGUAUCUUCAUCGUCGACUGGAUAUAAAUAAACUCGAAAGAUGGCGCUAGACGCGAAAGCAAUCAAGGAGGAAAUACCCGACAAAGACACAUAUGAGACCAGCAGUCGCAAGGUGAAAGGCAAGGAGCAGUGUCGAACGCCAGAUUCACCGGAAGGAGCCCGAGUAGUGGCACCACGGUCGCCGAUUUCGCCUCAGGUGUCACAGCAUCACAGCAGCCUGGUUCCCCAGCCGAGAUCCGGCGGUGCUGGAAGUGGCACUGGGUCAUCAUCACAAGUCGCCAGCCGCAACGGGAGCUCAUCGCCACCGGGUGAAGCUCGGGUUCUGAACGGAAGCGGUGGAGGGGGUGGCGGAGGAGGAGGCGGUGGAGGCAGUUUGGGAUCGAUUACGCCUCCGCCUGUCAUCACUUCCGCUUCGGCUGUGGCAGCAGCAGCAGCCGCAGCGGCACAGCAGGACACAGCCAAGCUGCUCAAGAUACGACGCUUCCUUGGCGCACUGGUGCAGUUCGGGCAGGACACCAAUGUGGACAUCGGGGACCGGGUGCGUUCGCUGGUGCUGUCAUUGGCGAGCGGUGGCCUAACGGUAGAAGAGUUCCAAAUCGCCGUCCAGGAGGCGACCAACUUCCCACUUCGCUCCAACGUGGUUCCGUUUCUCAAAUCACAUGUUCCGGUGUUACAACGAGAAAUCACCAUUCUUUCCAGAGCCAGCAAGCAGACUCCCACGCAGUAUGUCCGAUCGAAUGAAACCAGCGUGAUGGAAUACGUCCAGAAUCUCGCCGACACAGCCGAUAUCUUCCUGUCGCACGAAGGAUACAGUUCAUCGACGCCUAUUCCAGCGCCUAGUGUUAACGGACUUGGACUGAAACGGCGAGCAUCCGAUAACUUAUACGAUACUCACCCAUCGGGACCGCCGGAAUGGGCCGAUUACGUACUGCCGCCGACCAAACGUCCCCACCCGUCGCUACUGUUGACCCCCGGAGCGCCACAGCUCUAUUCCACACAUCCGGCACUGUUCGAGUACCAGAACGGGGGACUUCAUCCACAUUCCGAGGGCUUGCAUUCCAUACACCGGGACGAGCGCGAUCUGCGGAUACCCUCCAGCGAGAGUCAUCGGCCGCCGAGAAUUCCGCCAGGUGGUGGCAGUGGUGGAGCCAGCGGUGGUGGAGGCGCCGGAAGCAGCAACAGUGUCAUUGGAGCUGCUCCGACCAGUUCCGGUAGCAUAUCCGGUUCCGGAGGCGGUGGAGGCGGCGAGGAGGAAUGGAAAAACAUCCACACUAUGCUGACGUGCAUAUCGGCGAUGGUUGAGAAAACUAAGCGAGCUAUAUCGAUUCUUCAGCAACGGGGCAUCGAGACGCAUCAGGCUCGUGAUCACCAGGAUAAUUCGAUGGCGGAUAUGAAGCGACAGACGGAGGAAAAGAUUGCUGAGUUCAGGCGAAGUGCCGAGGAGUCGGUCAAUCAGGUCAAACGCCAAGCGGUGAUCGAGAUCCAACGGGCGGUAGCGGCGGCCGAGGCGAGAACAAUUGAGAUGUUCGCCCAGGAACGUUUGAAGAUGGAGAAGAUGUUCGCCGAGAUCCACCGGGGAAGCACCGAUCCGGACGCAGACGGCCCAACCGGUGGCAGCCAGAACGUUAGUACUCUUGCGUGCUGGAAUUGUGGUCGAAAAGCUAACGAGACGUGUUCGGGAUGCAACCUAGCCCGGUAUUGUGGAUCUUUCUGUCAACACAAAGACUGGGAUCAGCACCAUCAGGUCUGCGGAACAUCCCGAGCGGAGAACGCCUUCCAGAAGCAUGCAGCCAGUGCUCGAGCAGCUCUAUCGUCACGUUCCACAACACCUCAGCAGUCCCAGAGCAGUAACAGUACAGCCAAUGGGACUGCGGCCGUUGCAAAAUGACGGACUAAACCAUUAAAACCUAAGAAGAAAUAUCUAUGCUAGUCAAAUUAACACGUAAAAACAGUUGGUCAGGAGCAGCAGCGAUAAGCUAACCAAUUCUUAUUUUACUUGACGGAUCGCGAGUCCAUCGUAAGUCAGGCUAAUACUUCUAAUUUAUAUGCAAUAAGACUAGCGACAGUGUAGCAGUAAGAUAGCUGGUUUCGGUUCCUUCAAUUACUACUAGCCAAACACAAUGACUAUGACCUGCAUUUUAGAAACUUAGUUGACGAAUAUCCAAAUGAAAAGUGCAAUAUAAGAUAAUGAUACGAUAGAGAAAACCAUUUUCAAAUCAGAGCUGACAGCAGAGAGGUAAGGAGGAAAAAUUAAUGAAUUCAAUUAGAAAAUACGUAGAUGUGGUAUUGAAAUACGAGAGCAAACACUCAUUUUAGAUUGUUAGUCCGUUAACUCCAGAAGUAUCAAUAGAAAGCCCCAUAGUUGGUUAUCCUUUUAUGAAUGAAAUUGUAGGACACCCCUAGCCAAUCGGAAUGGAAGCACGUGCUAGGAAGUUUUCUGCGCAGAAUCAGCAUUCAUUCCUCUCUGAUUUGGUAUUAGUUGAAGCACGUGCUUUUCUGUUUACCACAAUGAUAUUCGUUCAUUCAACAGUUAGCAACACAGAAAUACAACCAUAACUUUGCAGUCAAUAGAAAUAGCUUACCACCAAAAAACGGUAAUUUACAUAGCAACAAGUUCCCUUCGAUAGGAUCAAUAGCAGCGUAGGAUGACUUUGAAUUACAAACCAACCCCAUUAGCGAGGCUAGAAACUAUAGACACAAGUACUCCAAAGAUUGAAACACGUUCAUUAGGUUCUUAAUUCAGUAGAUGCACCACGCAAUGAUUACCAUUCAUUCAUAUCUUCAGUGUGGAACUUAUCGAUAGCACAGUUACUACUUUUACCAGUAAACGUUGUUAAUUAUUUAUUUAUUGAAUAAUCUAAGUUUGUACAGAUAGAAUGCACCGUGAGGGGAAGCCUUCAUAUACUCUCGAUUUUACGUAAGAGUGAUUAGAUCACAACUUGUCAGUCAUAAAUUCCGAACGAGGAAUCCUGUAGAUCACUAACAAUCAAAGCGGAAUCAUCAUAAAGGAAAACAUUCGAGCAGCGGGACGCAUUUAAGCUUUGAAUCUCACCAGAGCAGAAAAAAAAUCAAAUGAGUUUGGUUUCCAAAAAUGGCUGAAACACAUUCUAGAGUGAUUUCACUCCAGUACAAUCCAAUGUCCAAUGUGUAAAUACAUGUUUCUCUCCGUCGAGUUGAAUUACCCCACAGAACACCGAAAAGUAAAAGGCACAUUCACGUUCUCACUUCUCAUACACGCGACAGUUGCAUCUAGAUAUAUCAAUUCUGACAUUAAACAAACUCAAAUGAGAGUCAAAAAAUGGAAACCUUCUGAACAAAAAAAAAACGGCAAAUAAAGUCUCGUUUAUUUCUAAAAAUA